UUUCGUUUUCGUCAUCUGCAAUUGCAUUGCCGAAACUGAGAAGGCCGCUGAAAGCUUUGGGUCUCUCUCCUGCUUCUCACUGAAAACCCUAAAAUUUGGGUCUUGGAUUAAAGCCUUUGCAACAGUUUUUGCAAGUGGAGCUCUUUGGUUUCGUGCAGAGAAAAAAUGGAUCUCUUAAGCAAUCUACCAGACGAGAUUCUUUGUCAUACCUUGUCAUUCCUUACCACAAAGGAGGCUGCUUUGACAUCUGUCCUCUCCAAGAGGUGGCGCAAUCUUAUUGCAUUUGUCCCUAAUCUUCACAUUGAUAACUCUGUCUUUCUCAAUCCCGAAGAGGGUAAGCAUAAAAGGUACGAAAUUCAACAGAGUUUCAUGGAUUUUGUUGAUAGAGUAUUGGCAUUGCAAGGUAAUUCUCCCAUUAAGAAAGCCUCCCUCAAGUGUCUAAAUAUGCGUGAUUCUGAUUCAAACCGAGUCGAUGAUUGGAUAAGUAACGUGUUGGCGCGCGGUGUUUGUGAACUUGAUCUGUUAAUCUAUUUGUGUAUGGAUGAAUACGUUCUGCUGUCUUCAAAAUGUUUCGAGAGUAGGGAUCUAGUUAAGCUGAAGUUAGAUAGUCUUUGUAUUGGUGUUCAACCGGAUACGAUCUCUACCGCCCCUGUUGGUUGGUUGGCUGAAGGGAUAGUCUUACCAAUGCUUAAAACUCUCGUGAUUAAGUCAGUUGGGUUUUAUGUUGAUGAGUUUUUUCUUAGAGCUUUGCCUGCGCUUGAGGAAUUGGUCAUGGAUGAUGUGUUCUGGUUCUGGAGCGUUACGGAUGUCACCGUGUCAAAUGCAAACCUCAAGACACUAACGAUAAAUUACAACCAUUAUUCAGGCACUUUUUCGUUUGAUACACCUAGUCUUGUUUACUUCUGUUACUCUGAUUAUGUUGCUAAAGACUACCCUGUAGUUAACAUGGAAAACUUAGUUGAGGCUAGAAUCAGCCUUUUGGUAACUGAAGAUCAAAUCAAGCGAGCAAGAGCGCCAAAUGAUUAUUUGUUAGAUGAAGGUGAUGACAAUGUUGUUCUCCGGUUUGAAAAUGUGGGGAAGCUUUUGAAUGGCAUACGAAAUGUUCAGUAUCUGGAAUUGUCUGCUGUUACUCUCGAGGUGCUUUCCUUCUGCUGUGAUUCGAUGCCACUGUUCAACAACCUGAAAUCGUUAACUAUUAAGAGUGGCGAAAAUUAUACAUGGCAAGCAAUGUCAGUUCUUAUAAGAAACUGUCCACAUUUAGAAACUCUAGUCCUUGAGGGUCUCUUUCACCAUGUCGCAGAUAAAUGCGGGGAUGCUUGUGACUGCGUUUCUCGUAAGGAAAAGGGUCGUUCACUCACAUCUUGUCCAGUAAAGGUGUUAGAGAUCCAAGAGUUUCAAGGAACAAUGAAAGAGAGUUACAUGAUAAAUCAUUUCUUGAACUAUUUUCUGUGUUUGGUGGAGAUCAAGAUCUAUAUGAAUGUUGAUAUAAAGGGCAGAGACCUGGAAGCUAUCGUGGAGAAUAUGAAACUCUACAACAAGCAUUGCAAUGUGCAGUUCCUGGUAAAUGGGGACUUGUAUAAGGAGUGGAGUGCACAAUGAAGUCUUUGAAGAACAAAAUUUGCUCAUAGUUUGAUUUUAUUUUACUUGGUUUGAAAUGUUUUCAAACCAAACAGACGCAACCCAAACCAAUUUCAAAACCUGUUGUUUUCUUCUUCCUCUUUUUCAAAUGUUUUGAGUCAUUUACUAUUGAGGCUUGUCUUAUUUAUUUUUAUUCACAAGCAAUUUGCUCUUA